GGACCCAGCCGUGAGGUGUCCCGGCUCCACGCUCGCCGUCCGCUGGCUGCCCGUGCAGGGCUACCUGGGGUCUCCAGGAGCACCCUCCCAAGCUUCGUGUGCCCAUGUCACAGGUCCCGGAGUGCCCCCUUCAAACCCGCCCAAAGUCCGAGCCCCGGGGGCCCUCCCCCGAAAGGACAAGCUGAGUGGUUGGAGGCAGGUCAAUUCCAGAGGCCAGAGAGUCCACAGAGACCCUUCGCUGCCCCGUGCAGGGGUCCUGCCAGGGGCGGACCCCCGGAGCGGAGUGGUCAGGAGCCGGUGCGCGACGGUCCUGGGCCUUCAGAGCCGCCCUGAACACUUGGAGUGUGCGACCCGGCCGGACCGCUGGGUCCCCGGCAGGGGGCGGCCUCGCUCCGCGCCGCCCGCUCCUCCCGCAGCCGCCGCCGCCCGGGCUGCAGCUCCUCCCCGGGCCCCGCCUCCUUGGCCCCCGCGCCGCCAGCCCGUCCGCCGGUCUCCGCAAGGCCAUCCGUCCGUCCGCCCGCCCGCCCUCCUGGCGCUCCUCCGCCUCGGCCCCGCUACCCCGGCUGCACGGUCGCCUUUUCUGUUCGGGCCGCCGCAGGCCCGCCCCUCGCCCCCGGGCCGGCCGCCGCCGCUACGCGAGGCCGGGGAUCGGUAGCGCGCGUAGGCCGCGCCACCGCUGAUGGAGCCGGAAUAAAGGGGCGGCCGAGAGAGCAGCUGGUCGCCGCUCGCCGCUCGCCCCGCGCCGGGCCCCGCCGGCGGCCUGGAGCAGAACCGAACACUGGGGAAGGCAGAGCCUCCCUGGCGUUGCUGGGACCCCGUUCUGUAGACAGAGCUGUGCAGUCUGUCUUCUCAGUGAAUGACUUGGGCUUCUGACCAGACCCCGUUCCGUGCCUUGCCUGGGGUUCCCGUCCACCUCUGAGGUCCUGCAGCUCCUCUCCCUGGGUUGGGUCACCUUACGCAGGACACUGAAGCCAUUACUCUCCAAACCCUGUUUCAUCUUCUCAAGCAUGUCGGAGAGCUGGCAGCAGCCGCCGCAGACGCAGCCCCAGCAACCACAGCCCCCGCAGCCUCAGCACCACGCAGAGCCGCCGCCGGCCCUGGCCGAGCACACGCUGCCCCCGGGCACCGCUGAGAACCCGCUGGGCUGUGCUGUCUACGGCAUCCUCCUGCAGCCCGACCCAGGCUUGCAGCCCUCCCAGCACGCACCCCUGCAGGCGGCAGGGGAGCCGGGCCCCAAAUGCGGUGUGUGCGGGCACGACCUGGGACACCUGUCCAGCCCGCACGAGCACCAGUGCCUGGCAGGCCACGACCGCUCGUUCCAGUGCACGCAGUGUCUCAAGCUCUUCCACCAGGCCACUGACCUGCUGGAGCACCAGUGUGUGCAGGCCGAACAGAAGCCGUUCGUCUGUGGCGUGUGCAAGAUGGGCUUCUCGCUGCUCACCUCCCUGGCCCAGCACCACAGCUCGCACACCGGCCUGGUGAAAUGCUCCAUCUGUGAGAAGACCUACAAGCAUGCCGAGGCCUCCGAGCCGACCACCACCACGGCGCCGUCGCUUCCCGCGGCACACGCGCCAGCUGCGGAACAGGCUGAGAAGCCCUACAGCUGCCCCAUCUGCCAGAAGCCCUUCAAGCACCUGUCGGAGCUGUCCCGGCACGAGCGGAUCCACACGGGGGAGAAGCCGUACAAGUGCACGCUGUGCGACAAGAGCUUCAGCCAGUCCUCCCACCUGGUGCACCACAAGCGCACGCACAGCUCGGAGCGGCCCUACAAGUGCGCGGUCUGCGAGAAGACCUUCAAGCACCGCUCGCACCUGGUGCGCCACAUGUAUGCACACUCGGGCGAGCACCACCUCUUCCGCUGCAACGUGUGCGAGCUGCACUUCAAGGAGUCCUCGGAGCUGCUGCAGCACCCGUGCACGCCAAGCGGCGAGCGGCCCUUCCGCUGCGGCGAGUGCCAGAAGGCCUUCAAGCGGCCCUCGGACCUGCGGCAGCACGAGCGCACGCACAGCGCCGAGCGGCCCUUCAAGUGCGACCUGUGCCCCAUGGGCUUCAAGCAGCAGUACGCGCUGAUGCGGCACCGGCGCACGCACAAGACCGAGGAGCCCUUCAAGUGCGGCCUGUGCGAGAAGGGCUUCGGGCAGCCCAGCCACCUGCUCUACCACCAGCACGUGCACACGCUCGAGACUCUCUUCAAGUGCCCCGUGUGCCAGAAGGGCUUCGACCAGUCGGCCGAGCUGCUCCGGCACAAGUGCCUGCCGGGCGCGGCCGAGCGGCCCUUCAAGUGCCCCGUGUGCAACAAGGCCUACAAGCGGGCGUCGGCCCUGCAGAAGCACCAGCUGGCCCACUGCGCCGCCGCCGAGAAGCCCCUGCGCUGCACCCUGUGCGAGCGCCGCUUCUUCUCCUCCUCCGAGUUCGUGCAGCACCGCUGCGACCCGGCCCGCGAGAAGCCGCUCAAGUGCCCGGACUGCGAGAAGCGCUUCAAGUACGCGUCCGACCUGCAGCGGCACCGGCGCGUGCACACGGGCGAGAAGCCCUACAAGUGCCCCAACUGCGACAAGGCCUUCAAGCAGCGGGAGCACCUCAACAAGCACCAGGGCGUGCACGCCCGCGAGCAGCAGUUCAAGUGCGUGUGGUGUGGGGAGCGCUUCCUGGACGUGGCCCUGCUGCAGGAGCACAGCGCGCAGCACAGCGCCGCCGCCGCGGCCGCCGAGGGCGCCUACCAGGUCGCCGCGUGCCUGCCCUGAGCGCACACCGCGGCCCCCUUACAGCUGCCUUGCACCCUGCCCUGCCCCUCCCACCCCCCCACCCCUCCAGCUCAGGGUUCUGAGCCCCUGCGAGUGAAGACAAAAGGUGGAGGGCGCCGGUGCUCAGCACUCCUGGCGCCAGCCUGGCAGCGGGGGAGCUGCCAUAGACCACAAACCUUCACCCGCCACAGGAUUUGCUUUCCUGAGAGCCAGCAGCCGCUGCACGGCUCUGGGAGGCCACACGCAGACUGGAUGUCACCUGGCCUCUCCCUGCUCAAGGAUGGGGCAACGCCAGCCCAACCCUCCCAGAUCUUGCAGCCUAAUUUGCAACCGGAAAGGUUGGAAAGAGGCGGCUCAUGGUAGGGCCUGGGAGACCUCUCCCCAGAGGUGGGCUGGGUGUAGGGCUUGCCCCCAAGUUGCUGUCUUGGGGAGAAGGCCCACUUUGUGACAUGGCCUAGAGACAGGGGGCAGACCCUGGACUGCAGCUCCCCCCCCCCCCCGCUCCAGCCAGGUGUCUAUCAGGUGACACGUGUGGGUGGGGGUCCUUGGCCAGGGUCUGCCUGGGGAAGUUCUUGUGGCACCCUCAGCCAGGGACAGUGCCACCCACGGGGAAAAGAGGACAGGCGACCUGUGGUGCCAAGGGCUGGCCCUGUGUCUGUGGAAGCCGCCCCCACUUUGCAGUGUGGUUUUGAGUUGUGCUGGGGAGGGUGCGCUUGCCAGGAAGAUCUGGGAGGGAGGGAAGAAGCCGGGCCAAGCUCAUGCUCUCCCCAGCACGCGCGGAGCAAUGUCCUCCCCCGAACUCUGUGAACCAAAGCAUCGGGCACUCGGGGCACAGCCCCAGUCAGCUCGCCCCAGCCCUGCCUCAGGGCCAAGACCAGGCCUGGGUACCCAGGAUGGGAGAACGGCUUCUGACCCUACAGUGCCCUCCCAGACCACGGGCAUACCACGUACGCCCGUGUGCCCGCUGGCCUGCACUACAGGGAUCUUCUGUUGCCAAGAUGCCCUGGACAACACCCGGCCACUUCAAGACCGGCGUGUUCUCCUUCGGGUCAUUCAGGAGUGCCCCAGGGUCUCUGGCUGCCACAGGGCUCAUGGAGCAGAGGGUGUCCAGGCAGGGGGAGGGGGAGAGGGGACAAGCAGGUUACAGGAAGCAGUAGGCAGCGUUUCUGGCAGGUGCAUGGAGUCGCUGACCCUGCUGGACAGCCACAGCUGUCCUUGGGAGCCCAGAAGGACCUUGGUUAGCAACAUUCUGAACCCAGCUCUGCCCCCUCCCCUCUGCCAGCCCCACCCUUCCCUGUUUGUGGCUCUUAAAAGAAGACUGAGCAGUGCACACAUGAAGGGCCCAGGGGCAGGGGGCCGCCACCUUGCUUCUUCCUCCCCUCUCGGAGUCUGAACAGUCACAGCUGCCUCCUCUCUGGCCGGGUUCCCUGCAGCGCCCGAGAGGGGCUGGUCCUUCCCCUGGGCAGACUCUCUGACAAAAUCCCAACAGACAUGGAACCUGGACUUACAAUGUCCCAACUGCUAGUUUUCCCCUUUCAUUUUGCUUUCUGAAAGCAGUUUGUAAUACUAUUCAUAACACUGUAUAGUUUAAUUUCAUGUCAUUUUCAAUCUUCUAUAAAAAUGUGUGAACUUGGAUUUUUAAAACGAAUGACUCCAUUUUAGGUAGCCACUUUUGAUGUUAAUAUAUAGUGAGUCCAAUGUAUGCUUUAGAAGUAAAGACAUUGACCGUCAGAGACCCAGAGCACUGCUUGUUUGGUCCUUCUUCCACCGGGGCACGAGUGGCGGGAUGUGUAGAGGCAGAGAGGCUGUGCAGGCGGAAGUGGCAGGAUGAGCCCCCUGGGCUCAUAGAGCUGGGUUUCAGUCCCAUGCUUUGAACGUCCUGGCUGUGUGGCCUUAGGCAGGUCCUUGUCGGGACUCAGUCAUGUCAUCUGUGAAAUGGAGAGGUUAAUCCUCAUCUUGCGUGGUUGUUGAGAAUUAAAUGGAGUCACACGGGAGGCCCUCGUGGGGAAGCUGUGAAGACGCUGACAGCAUCAGCUGCAGGACACCUGGGGCUCUUGGGUAUGGGCCUGCAGCCUCUUGACCUUCCCCGAGUUAACUGCAACCCUGAGGGAGCCGGGCCUCACGAGAGCCCCGCAGCUCAUGGACCGGCAGCCCCAGAGGCCAGGGCCUGGGGCUGGUAAGCAGGAGAGCCUACUCAGCCCCAGUGGAAAACCAGUGGCUUACCCAGAGCAGCCAGGAAUCCAGACAACCAAGCCCUCCCCCAGGGCUGGUCUGCUGUCACCCCACUGCCUCCUGUGUCCCACAGUGACCCUCUGAGUGCCCGCAGGCCACCUCCCACCUCAGCACCUUUUCUCCUGCACCCCUUGAAGGGGAGGAGUGGGGAGAGUACAGCCCCCCAGUCUGGCUCUGCAGGAGGCCCGGGAGAGGUGAGGGUAGUGAGGGAAAAGGACCAGGGGUGCCCACACCACAGACUGGGUGCGGAAGGCUUAGUGAAAAGCGGGGAGCCCCUGUAGGAACGAAUGCCACACUCUAGGCUGCGUGUGGCCACAAUGGAAGCCGCCCCAUAGAAGCCUCAUGGCCUCUUCCGGUAGGCUCUACCUCACACUACGGGGACACCCAGAGUCCCUGCAUCUGGGCCAGGCCCACCCAGUCCUGGCUUCCUGUCUAACCGUGUGUGACCUUAGGCAAAACCCACCUAGCCCAUAGCCUCCUGGGAAGUGCUGGCUUGUGUUUGGUGCUUUCCAAGUACGGCUUGGAGUUGCCCUUCCUGCACAUGCCAGGGGCAGGAGCCCUGGCUGGGCAUGGCCUUUGCUUCCUUGGCCCCCUCUCCCCUUCCUGAUCUCAAAGUAGGGUUCCCUCAGCUCCUGUCUGGCCCUCAGCCUCUGGGCUGCAGCCUGGGCCACCACCAGGGUGUGAACGGACAGAUGUCCUAGGAGCCCAGAUGCUCGGGUUCAAGUCCUGGAGCUUUGGUGACAAGUGACCUGAUGCUGCCCUCUGCCCUCUUGGGGCCUCAGUUCUUAAGCAGCCGCUCGCUGCACAUGGCCGUUACAGCCCCUGGUGCUUCUCCCCCAAGCCCGCCUGGAACCCAACCUGUCUCCCACGCCCUGUAUCCCAGGAGAGCCUCCCUCUCAGAGCACAAGGGAACUGCAGAUGUGGUGGCAAGGGCUAUGAGUUAGUGCUGGAGUCUUUAGUCUCUGGCUGAAAAUAUGGGAUGAGGGUGUGCCUUGGGGUUCGGGGGACCCCUGGAGGGGAGGACCCAAAACUGCCUUGUGGGGGUCAGCAAGGUCAGGGAGGAGAUCACUCUCCCAGGUCCUAGAAGUCAGUGUCCGGGUGGGCUGGGCCACCUAAGAGAAUGUUCCUAAGGAGGAGGCCCAGCUUGGAGGCUGGGCUACGCAGGGGGAUGGUAUGGAGAGCCGUAUGCCCCAGAGUCAUGGUGGCAGUGGUCAGGCAUCCAAGCUAAGGGGACCACAUGCAGACCUUCCAGUCUUGCCUCCACCACCUGUUGGUUCCAAGGUUUUAGGGUGAGCCUCUCCUCGCCUGUGAAAUGGAGUGGGUUAUGCUCUCUGCAGAGGCAUAGGGUGAGGGCACAGUGGAGGGACACACAGGGACAUGCAGCGCUGGGAGGUCACAGGCCAGAGGGAGCCGGCCCCACCUCGCAUUGGACCUCCGCACCCAGACUGAGCCUCGUGCUGUCCCUAGGAGGCGGGCAGGUGCGCCUGGAUGUUCCCUCCGUGCAGACCCUGGGAAGGCCCAGGAGUAUUUCAGAGCUUCUGCAUUAGUAAUGAAAGUGGCCUGCAGUUGUGGGUCUGGCUGGGUGACCCUGGUGCCUGCACGCAGGUGGACAGGCAGUAGGGCCAGCACAGCUAUAGGCUCUGAGCCAUGUAGGCCUGGGGUCCAGCCUCCAACCCACCCUUAGCUGGCUGGAAGCUGAAACGGUGACUGGGGCUGGCCCGGCCACCAGAUCUGGACAGGGGAGCGGGAAAGCUCCCCACCAGCAGGCAGAGAGGUGGCCAGCCCCUCCGGCCCUCUCUGAGCCCCAUGAGGGAUGGCAGCUGCUGUAUUCUGUCUAGAAGUCGAGGCCUCCCCAGGCACCAUGGUGAGGGACUUUCUGCCAGCCUCCAGGCCUCUGUCCAGAUGCUGGAAAUCUGUCCAAGGCCUCCCUGCCUGGGCCAGGCUCUGCUCUGACAGGCUCUGUGUCCCAACUCGGCCCAGGUGGUUUCUUUGUCAUUGAUACCUAAGAGUUGUCCACAUGGAGUGUGGCAUGAUGAUUCAAUCGAUGAUUACAGCUGAUCAAAUCGGGGUGCCUGGCUUUUCCGUCUUCUUUCUCAAGUGGGGAGCCUCCAGGGCCCCUGCCUUCUGGUUCUUGCUGAGCUGGGUUGUUGGGUCCCGAGCUCCGCCCCCUGGUCCUCCUGUCUGCCUGCGUCUUGGUACCCUCUAGCCAGCCUCUAGAGCCCUUCUUCUCCCUGGCCUUCAAUGACCACUGCUCUGUUCUCUUCUUCGAGAUCAACUCGUGCAGCUUGUCUGAUUAACAUAAAGUGCUGCCGGCCCGUCCAUUUCUAGGCAGGUGGUCUCUUUGUUCCUUGAAGGUCAUGUGUGCUCCGAGAGAAAGCCUUGGCCACUCUGGAUUCUCUCAAAUCCACAAAGAUUCCGGCUGCAACACUCAGUCCUCAGGGCUCUGAAAAGGAGGUCAAGGAGAGGGGCGGGGUGGGAGGGGGCUGUGGGGAUCUCCCUCUCCACUGUGUGCGUCUCCAUCCCCAGCCUGGGUCUGCUUCCUGCCUUUGUUCCGCCACAAGCACUACUGAGCACCUGCUGUUUGCCAGGCACUGAGCCGGCGCUCCCUACAGGGCACAAAGCAAGAGAGUUUUGAGGGUUUUGUGUAUCAAAAGGUACUGUCAAAAAAUGUCAAAACUGCUGAUAUCUGGUGCAACGUAGCAUGUGCAAGAGUCCUCCCUCACCCUCGCCUCGCCCCAUCCCGGAACCUCCCGCAUUGCCAGCCCCAGGACCUGGUUAGGCUGUGUAUUCUGCAUGUGAUUUUGUAAUAAACGACUCUAUGACUUUGUA